AUGACGAGCGGUUUGUAUGAGUACAGUGGGGGGCGCGAGGUCGUUUUCGUUGUGGGCCUCGGGAUGGUUGGUAUCGCAUUCAUCGAAAAGCUCUUGAACCUCGAUCUUGAGCAAAAGAAAUAUUUCGUGCUUACCUGCGGCGAGGAAAAUUACUUUGCCUAUAACCGCGUUGGGCUGACUGAAUAUUUCGAGCAUCGGAACGUCGAAAAUCUAUACCUCAACCCUCCGUCGUGGUAUGCUGAACAGCAACCGGAAUCGUUUCGCUACUUUCUUGGGGAGACUGUGACCUCGAUUUCGCCCUCGGAGCAUCUGGUCCAUACCUCCCAGGGACAUUCGUUCAAAUACGACACAUGUGUACUAGCUACGGGCUCCAGCGCAAGCCUGCCGUCGUACGUUACGUCAGAAGUUGCAGAUAAGACACAGGGAGUAUUUGUGUAUCGCAACAUUGCGGACUUGGAGGCCAUCAUCUCGUAUGCUGACAAAGGCACGGUGAAGAGGGCCGUUGUUGUUGGUGGCGGUUUGUUAGGUCUCGAGGCUGCUAAGGCAGUUUACGACAUGCCUGGAAUUCCUCAAGUGACGAUCGUCCAUCGUAACAGCCAUCUACUAUCCCGCCAACUUGGUCCCGAGGCAGGUGAAGUUGUUCUUCGCAAAAUACAAGCAAUGGGAGUGGAGGUGUUGGUCAACCACUCGCCUGUUGAACAAAUUACUCGUCCUUCGUCGACUUCUGACCAGCCCGUGUUUUCUGCGCUACGGUUCUCUGACGGAACGACUCUGGAAGCUGACCUUGUUAUCUAUGCCAUCGGAAUCAAGCCACGUGACGAAAUCGCAAAACAGGCGGGUAUAGAGUGCUAUAGCUAUGGUGGGGUAGUCGUUGCAAACGACUUGCAAACUUCUGCUGUUGAUGUCUUUGCCAUCGGGGAGUGUGCCGGCUGGAACGGAAACACAUAUGGCUUGAUUGGACCUGGCAUUGAAAUGGCCGACAUCUUGUCGUUUAACUUGACCCAGACUGAAUCACAUGCGCCACGGAUCAUGAAUGCGCCUGACCUAAGCACCAAACUCAAACUAAUGGGUAUUGAUGUCGCCUCUUUCGGCGAUUAUUUCGCUGACACCAAAUCGAUUGACGCCCAGCUACAAGCUGUCUCCAAAGUAGACAAAGCCCAACCGAAAAUCGAGAUUUCUAUUGCUGAAUCCAAAGCCCCUUCAAAAACAACCCGGUCUAAGAACAAAGCAGACGGCCCAAUCCAAUGCUUGGUUUACAACGACCCGUUCAGCGCGACGUACAAGAAGUAUAUAUUCACAGCUGACGGCAAAUAUCUUCUUGGUGGCCAGAUGAUUGGUGAUACAACAGAUUAUGUCAAACUCCUCGCAAUCGUGAAGAAAAAGAAAGCGUUAGAAAUCCUUCCUUCUGAGCUCAUCACCGGUGCCAAAAAACAAGGCGAAGUCGAUGGCGAUGACCUUGAGGACGAUAUGCAGGUUUGCAGCUGUCACAAUGUCGAUAAAGGUCGGAUCGUGAAAUGUGUUCGUGACGAUGGCUGUGUGUCUCUCGCGGACAUCAAGGCCAAAACCAAAGCGGGUACAGGAUGCGGCGGGUGUAUGCCUCUGGUUACCAGCAUUUUUAAUUCAGCAAUGAAGAAAGCCGGACACAAACUCGAUACCAGUCUAUGUCCACACUUCUCACUCAGUCGUGCAGAUCUCUUUUCGAUCGUCCGCGUCAAGAAUUUGCGCGAUUUUGCUAGUAUCAUGCGGGAAGUAGGCAAGAAGCCAGAGUCCCUUGGAUGCGAGGUUUGUAAGCCAGCCAUUGGGAGCAUCCUCUCUAGUCUAUAUAAUGAACCCAUCAUGACUCCGGCCCACCAUCAGAACCAAGACACCAACGAUCGAUUCCUCGCAAACAUCCAGCGUGACGGGACUUUUUCAGUCAUACCGCGUAUUGCGGCUGGGGAGAUCACACCUGAUGGCCUCAUUGCCAUCGGUCAAGUUGCUAAGAAGUACAAGUUAUACACUAAGAUCACUGGUGGCCAACGCAUUGACAUGUUUGGCGCGCGGAAAGACGAUCUUCCUGAUAUCUGGGAGGAACUCAAUAAUGCAGGCUUCGAGAGUGGCCAUGCGUACGGAAAGGCUCUGAGAACGGUGAAAUCUUGUGUCGGGACUACUUGGUGUCGCUUUGGAGUUGGUGAUUCUGUGGGGCUUGCAGUGCAACUUGAGAACCGAUACCGAGGUAUUCGAAGCCCCCACAAACUAAAAGGAGGCGUUUCUGGCUGUGUACGAGAAUGUGCUGAGGCACAAGGGAAGGAUUUUGGCGUUAUCGCGACUGACAAAGGGUGGAAUGUUUUUGUUGGUGGCAAUGGCGGUGCGAAUCCUGCAAGUAUAUUUGGUCGUGUCACAUUCUUAUAUAACCGAUCCUUCCAGAGGCACGCAGCACUGUUCGCUCGGGAUGUGCCGCCAACACAAGUUGUGCGUGUCAUCGACAGGUUUCUUGCAUACUAUAUCAUGACUGCGGACAAACUUCAACGAACUGCACGCUGGAUAGAGAACAUGGAUGGUGGAAUCGAGAAACUUCGGCGUGUCAUCCUCCAAGACGAGUUAGGCAUCUGCAAAGACCUCGAUGCAUUGAUGGACAAUCUUGUGGACACAUACCACGAUGAAUGGGCUUUAGUCGUCAAAGACCCUGAGAAACGCAGGCAAUUCAAGCAAUUUGCCAACACCAGCGAACGGCGUGUUAAUACAGAAAAGGUCACGGAACGUGGACAGCAGCAUCCUGCGGACUGGGCAAAGUCGUAUAGCGCCAUCCGACUUCACACCGAUUUAUUAAGCACACCCAAGUCGGACUGGAUUUGGACCGAUUUAUUGAGCAAAAGUGACAUGAUGCCUUCACAAGACGGAACCACAAGUGUCGCGGUCAAAUACGGAGACACGCAAAUAGCUCUCUUCCAUGUGCCUAAUAAAGGCUACUUUGCGACGCAACAAAUGUGCCCACAUCGUCGUGCUUUCGUUCUUGAUCAUGGAAUCAUUGGAGAAUCAGCCGACGGGUCACCAUAUGUCUCAUGCCCACUCCACAAACGCAACUACACCCUGUCCUCUGGAAAUUGUCUCAAUGAUGACGACUACCAAAUCAUGUCCUUCGAAGCUAGAGAGAAUCCCGACGAUCCGAGUCGCCUCCAAAUCCUUCUUCCUCCUAUGCAAGAACUGGAUGCAAUUUUAGGAACGGAAAAGUGGCUUAUCAAACAGGCAGAAUCAGAGGCUUUAGGUUUAAACUCCGCGACGCAGGUGCAGAUUGUGGGAAAUCAAGGUGUCAAUGGCUGUGUAGGCGGUGCUUUGGAGUGGUGA